GAGGACCGGGCGGGGAGGAGGCGAGAGGCCGGGGAGGAGAAGAGGGAGGCAGCUCGGCAGAGAGGGAAGGGACGGGACCCGGCGCCCCGCGGGCCAUGCGCCUCCUGGCCACGGCGCUGGCCGCCCUGCUGGCCACGGCCCCGGCCCCAGAUGUUUGUGAGGCUUUAAAUGUGACAGUCUCUCCAGGACCAACAGUGCGAUACUCCGAGGGAGAUAAUGCUACCCUUUACUGCCACAUUUCUCAAAAGAGAAAGACAGACAAUUUGCUGGCUGUGCGGUGGGUCUUCGCUACGUCACCUACCCAGGAGUAUCUGAUGAUCAAAAUGACAAAGUUUGGGUCUGUCCAGUAUUAUGGAAAUUAUACUCAUCAUUUCCACAAGCGAAGACUUCAUCUUCUUAAAGAGAAGCAUGGAACUAUGUACAAAUUUCUUAUUCUAAGCCUUCAGCAAACAGAUCAAGGACAUUAUAUAUGCAAAGUCCAGGAAAUUGGCAAACACAGGAAUAAGUGGACGGCAUGGUCAAAUGGCACAGCAGCUACUGAAAUAAGAGUGAUUUCAUCAAAAUCUUCUGAUGAUCCCACUUUCAAGAAAAACCAUGAAGCUUGGAAGUUUUUUGAAGAUCUGUACGUGUACGCAGUCUUUGUGUGUUCAAUAGGAAUCAUCAGUGUCCUCCUUUUUACACUUGUCAUUCUCUGUCAGUCACUCCUGAACAAGAGGAGAUCCACAGUGAAGCAUUACCUGGUGAAAUGCCCCCAGAACAGCUCCGGGGAGACUGUUACCAGUGUGACAAGCAUGUCCCCUUUACAGACCAAGAAAGUAAAGAAAAAGAAAGAGAAAGAGAAACUGGAGCAGCCACCAGCUAUCCCAGCAAAAGCUCCAAUAGCCAAUAAUUUUCCUAAGCCCAAACUCUUGAAACCUCAAAGAAAAUUGAUCCUGCCAAAAAUUGCAGAGGAGAACUUAACAUACGCUGAACUUGAACUUAUGAAGCCGAUUCAGGAAGCCAAAGGCAUUCCCAGUACGACGGUCUAUGCACAGAUACUCUUUGAGGAGAACAAGCUGUAAUAGUUCAUGCCUGUAUAAAUGUCCUUUGUCUGUGUUCUAUUUAAUUCUUGCUGUGCUGUUUAUUUAUAAAAAUCAUACAAAUGUCCUUAUUUUUUUAUUUCCAUUCAUGCACUUCUAUUUUUCUAUGAGACUUUUAAACAAAAUGUAGCUGAAAGUAAUCAUAGAAAAAGCAGCUGGUCUACAAGCAACAUCCCAGAAACACCCUUUGUAGUGUUCGACCCCUCUGUUUUAAAUGGGCUGAAGUUCCACCUGGGGCAUUUUCAAUACUAAACAUUAUUCCUUCGUGGAUGCUAAUAUGAUGAGUCCAGCUGCAAACAUCAACAUCUUAACAAGCCUCAGAAGGACUAGUGGCAGGACCCGUGCACAUCAGCCUGCUUCUAAAGGCAAAGACCACUAACCAGGAAAUUUGUCAAUUUAAUGCUAUUUUUCCCAUCAGAAAAAUAUUAACUCAGUAAAGCUGAGACUUUUUUCUACAGCAAAGGAAAAGCUGAAAUUUCUUUUUCUUCUACUUCCCCCCCCCCGAAAUAAUUAUAAAAAGGUUUGGUUUCUAUAUUUUCAAAUUCCCUUUCUAAAUGACAUUGCCUUUAAAAUCUUAGUUACUUUUAGUAAAGUUCUUAAAUGCUUGAAAUCAAACAUUUCAGAAUGAUCCAAAAGAAACAUCCAUAGUUAAACCUCCAAGAAUAUUUAUAGCUUGGGAGCAUUUUCCAGGAUUUGAUCCUUUUUUAAUUCUGAUUGGGAAUAGGAAAAAAGUUGAUAGUGAGUAAAAGACUUCGACAGAACCAGGACUGCUUUUGACCUUGGUCUAUAUUGGUGCUCCCAAACCGGCAAAAGUUUCCUCCUGUGGCCUACAUUACUGAGCUGCUGAUCUACAGGAAACACUUGCACAGCUUCUACUUUAAUAUGGGCAGGCUCCAUUAACGUCCUGCUCACUUACUUUGGAGUUAUUUCUUUGCAAAGACCAGGGCUCCAGAGAUAGGGAACUGAGCCUACUGUGAGAGCACAAAAUAUUCUUCCUCUUUCUUCAUCUCUUGAUAACCAGGAAGGGAUUCUUCCUUUUCCUUUGAUACAUGUUCAUGAAAAAUGGGCUAUUCUGGGCAUUUCAGACAUGAAAGAUAGCUGGACUGAUGUUUUCAAGCUCCUAAAUCUCCAAUGCCCAAAUGCCACCAAAGGUCAGGGAGAGUUGGGUACUAAAUGUCUUUCAGCCCUUGGGAAGCUUUAACCCUUGAGUAACCGCAAAGUUAAUGGAGAUGUAAAAGCAUGGGCUCUUUAGUUCACCAUAGGCCCUGGAGAUCUGAUACUUGGCAUCUGCCAGGUCCUCUCCAGGUCUGAGAGGGAGGCCCUUGACACAGCACCCAUUCAGCAGUAUUUAGUGUGGAUUUCAGAGUAGCACUUGCAAGCCUUGCGUUCUGAAAUCCUAAUCAAGGUGAUCCAAGUUGCUUCCUCCUUUACAGGUCAGGCUUUUUAGUGAUACAGCAACUUCUCACCAGGGCUCAGAGCACAGCUGGGAACCACCAUAGGAAUGCUCAUGCCCUUAUCCCUGUUACUGCAUGGGAGCACAGGGGAGGAAGGCAGGGGUGACAAAGCAGGGAUGGGGACACACGACAAAGGGAGAGCGCGCCCUUUUGCAGGGUUUCACCAGAAUAAGCGAGUCUGUAUAAACUGCUUUUUAACUUUCUUAAACGGGGGUAGAGAUUAGGCAGCAUACAUAAUUUGUUACUGUAUAGCCAGGAUGUGUAAAUGUAAAAUGCAGUCACCUGCUUCCAUGUUAGAUAAAAAUCUCUUGCAUAAAAAAAAAAGAAUUUAAGAAAAGCUUGUCAGGCUGGCCAUUAUGUACAGUACUAUUUCCAACUCUAGACCCUCAUCAGGACAGUUCUUUCCAAACUAAGGCCAGCAUUUAUCAAUAGGUUUGCUGGUAAUUAUUUGCAUUUUUAAUGUCUGCAUUUGUGAACUGUCAAGAAAAUGUUUGUUUCACCCUUCUAUUACCCCAGGAGUUUAAUCACCCACCAAAAGGGCAUGGUGUCUUUCCUUGUUCUCUGAUCAGGUGAUGAACUUUCAAUGACAACAGCAAUCAACUUGACCAAAAAGAAAUUGAUGCUAAAGAGUGAUCAAACAUUCAUGGAUCUGACUAUUCAGAGAGGACAUCUCAUGCAGACAGCUAUAAGGAAGGCCUUAGAAAAGUAUAGAAUUUAUUAGUGAUUCCUUUGGAAUUAGAAAUAAAACCCUAACACAUUAAUGAGUUGACCCCUUAGUUGUGAAAACUUUUUAGAAAGUUUGGUAUAUAAACAUUCCUUUUACAUAGAACUGGCCAAUGUGCCCACUGUUCAGAAAAAUCCUCUACUGUAUGUUUAUGCCCAGUAUUUUAAUGAAUACCAUUCUUUGUGUAUUAAUACUCUAUAUAUCCUUGUUUAUGUUUGAUAUCUAAUUCCCCAAAUAAUAGUUAAUUGAGCUAAAUAAAUAACCUUUUUUAGUGAGAAGUUCUCUCAGUCUGUGUAGGAUUUAUUAUUUAUUCAAGGAUACGUGUUUAUGUCGUACUCAGCAUUUAGACAAUCCCUGUAGGUGGGAAU